GACGCAGGCGGUGACAGCAAUACGGAGCCAGCGAGACGCUACUGCGCAUGUCAGCGUCUGCAUGGACGGAGAGAGAGAGACAGACGGAGAGAGAGAGAGAGCUAUACUAGGGAAAAUUGGCAAAGACAAAGGACUGAACAGCCUUUAGGGAAACAGGAGAGAGCAGAUUCAGUUUUUACACCGGUUUAUGAUAGUCCAGCUGUGACACAACCGGGGGGAAGCGGCCAGAUGUCCUUUUCCUGGCACUGCUCAGCAUCAAAUCCUAGUUGUAUGUGUUCCAGUGGAAGUGACGCUUCACGGUCAGCAGCCUGCUGAUGGAAAGAACUGCAAAGCUAUAGGCUUGGUGAUUCAAUGGAAAGAGCUGUCAACACGCACCGAAGAUGGAGGAAGUGGAAACGCACAGAGAGCAACGGCAGUUUGAUUGACGACACCGCUGUGGUGGUGGUGGUGGUGUUGGAGGAGUAAUCUUUCGAGUUGGGAGCAUCUGGAGUGUCUUUGUUUGCUGGCAAUCCCACCGUGAGUUUCAAUUGUUACCCCAACCCCCCCCCCCUCCUCCCUCCUGUUGACCUUUCUUCACAUCCAUCCUUUCGAGAGAGCAGGUGUUACAGCCACAGGUCUCAUUUACCUUGCAACUCCCCCCUCCUGUGGCCAUACACACAAGCUCCUCUCUUCCAAGCGGCUGAGAGGUUGCUAUGGCAAUGGUCGUCAUGAUGCUGAUGUAGCGUUCUGAAGGUAGUAGUUGUGGAGGUAGUGGUGGAGCUGGGGGAGGUGGCGGCGGCAGGGCCUGCGGCGGUGAUCGUCCAGGGAUGGGAAGCGCUCCGUAUCCAGCCGGUGAGUGGAAGGGGAAGGGGCGAGGCGGCCUACAAGAGCUGGGCUGCAUGCCCUGGAAGGUCAGCAGGCAGAAAGGAGGAGGAGGAGGGGGGGAGGUGGUGGUGGUGGGAAUGGAGGAGAGGAGGUGCAGGGAUCCCACGGACUCUCAGCAGCAGCAGCAGCAGCAGGAUCUCUCAUCUUCCUCUUCCUCCCUCACCCCCCCACUGCCUCCUCAGCCCUCUCUGACCCCUCCGGCCAUUUAUCAUGAGAAGCAGCGGAGGGAGCUGUGCGCCCUACACGCGCUCAAUAACGUCUUCCAGGACGGGACGGCCUUCAGUAGGGACACCUUGCAGGAGAUAUACCAGAGGCUUUCUCCCAGCACUCUGGUGACGCCUCACAAGAAGAGCAUGCUGGGAAAUGGGAACUACGAUGUAAACGUCAUUAUGGCAGCCCUGCAGACCCGAGGGUUUGAGGCAGUUUGGUGGGAUAAAAGAAGGGAUGUAGGCAGCAUCGAGCUGUCCAACGUGACCGGCUUCAUUUUGAAUGUGCCAUCCAACCUGCGCUGGGGACCUCUCCGGCUGCCGCUCAAACGCCAGCACUGGAUAGGCGUCAGAGAGGUGGGCGGGCUCUACUACAACUUGGACUCCAAGCUGCGUAGCCCUCAACCUAUCGGCAGCUCGGAUGAGCUCAGGAAGUUUCUCCGCCAGCAGCUGCGAGGGAAGAACUGUGAACUUCUAUUGGUCGUCUCAGAGGAAGUGGAGGCACACCAAACAUGGCGGUCCGAUGGCUAAGGGGUUUUACCAACCAAUCGCAGCACCAACUGUGCCAACGGGCCAAUCACAGAAUGAACGGGAGAGGAAGUAAAAUCGUGCACAGCCAGUCACAUGGAUGCACACUUGCAGAUGUAUUCCCCCCCACCCCUUUUUUGGGGUUUUGUUUACACAGCCAUUGCUGGACUCUUAUCUGAAAGGAAGCAAAGCAAUGAAGGAAGCAAACACUUUACAGGGAGAAUCAAAGAACCCAAGUCCUUUACUCACAACACAGUUAAGACUUCUAAAAAGUUACCAUUCUGUUCCUGCUAUUCUUGUGUUUUUAUAUAUAUAUUGACUAUUUUUCGAUGUCAGUUUUGAUCCGUUGAUUUUUUUUUUCAAGUUUCCAAAGUCAUGAGAGUUCAGGCUUUACGAAAAAUGCUGUUUAUCUGCUGUCUCCCUCAGUGAUCCUCACUGCUUCAGUCAUGAUGUUCACUGAUGUGUCUUCGUGUUUGUCUCUCCCUUCACGUCGUGAGUCUGUCUGUCCGUAUCCCCCGUCCUUCACUUUCACCAAAGCGUGCCCUUUCUUGCCUCCGUAUGACUCCACCUCACUCCUCCUCUCCGCCAAUUUUUUUUUUUUCAUAUCACAAUACAAAACCAGUGAUUUAUCACGCUGCCAACUUUGUAUUUCAUGCACUUCCCCAAACACUUCUGGCACAGUCUGAGCCUGUACUGUACCGAGGCUGUGCAGACACAAUGGUUUUAUAUGCAACAAAGCAAUGCAAACACCCAGGCCAAGCACUCCCUCUAGUGGAUGUUUGCCUCAGUUUCCUUUUCAAGGAAGAAGUAACGGCAUCAUUCAUCCAGUUUUUUUGUAAUUGUUCACGUUCAAAUGGUUACUUUAUAUUAACGAAGAGUGCUUGUCACCGAGACAAUUAUCAUCUCUCACUGGAAUGAUACUGUAUCAUGAUAGAAUAUUUAUCAGAUUGGGUUUGUCUAAAUUAUUGAUAAAAUCAAACUUUACAAAAUUACAGAAAUUGGCCAGAUUGUGCAGAUCCAGCAUGACUGUCUACUAAACUAUCUCAACUCAAAGUCUACUUCUUUACUUAUAAGCUGGUUCUGGAACUUUGGACGGUUCUUAACAGCAGAUUGAGUUGGCCCAGUUGCCAUGAAAAUGCAGAUGUUCAAAAUGUCCUGUAGUGCUAAAACAGUAAUCGACAAAAUGAGCAAUUUAAAUAUGAAAAAAAUCUUGGCUCUGAGAAGUUAUCAGGAUUUUCUGAUGUUUUAUUGACGGGUUGAUUAAAAGUGAAGUGAAUUGGCAGAUUAGUUGAUAAUGAAAAUAACCGCUUGUUUGCAGCCCUACUUUCCAGCAUAUGGUGCUGUGGCAACUGAGUAAACUUAAUCUGCUGAACAGGACUGUAUGUAGAUGAGGUCAAAAGCUCCAGGAGAAGCUAGUAACUGAUCUUUGAGUUUAGAAUGUCAAUAGUAAUCUGAAAUAAUGAAUGAGUUAUUGUUACAAAUCGACCAUAGCGAUGAAAAGAAAUAUUGUUUUAAUUGUCCAUAUCGCGCACAGAUGACGAAAACGAGGAUACGCCACAAGGGACGAUUACUCACUUAUUGUUUGAUUUCAUUUUCCUCCUCGGGCUCCACGCUGUUCCAGAGGGUCGCCACCACAGCAGCCCCCUGUAGCACAGGAGCUCAGCUGAUGCAGGCCUCCUUCUCUUCUUAAACAUCUCUUGUCAAAGCUGCCAAACAGCUCGGAGAGGAUGUCACGGAUCGUCCCAUCAAGUCAUAUACAGUCAGCAGGGGGGUCUCUGGUGUGUUCAGAGGAGGGGUCUGGUGCUUGGUUGCACAAAGGGAAGUUGUCAGUUUGAGAGAGUCGAGGUGGAGCGCAGUGCGCCCGGGUAGACAAUAAUGUAGAAAAAGAAACUGUGGAAAGAAAAGUGAAAGUUGACUGGGCUGGCUACUAAGCCAGACGUGUGCAGUGGUCGAUUAUUGUGAAACGAGCAGAGAGAUUCCACUGUUUGUAGCUUUCAAAUCUAUCAGUGUAAGAGAAAACUGUUAAUACUAUACAUAUUGUCUCUUAAUGGCAAUAUUGGCCUUAACUUGUUUACAUUAAAAAAAAAAAACUACGUGUUGCUCUGAAAAUUGAGGGGCUGUGCAGUUUGAUGCCAUUUUAGGAGAUUUAUUCCAAAGCACCAAUUUAUUGUAAAUAUAUAGAGAAGAAACCGCUAAAGCUCAUUGAAUAUAAUGUUUUCACUUUUGCAGCCAAGGGCUUUCUGUUAUUUACAAGUGUUUGAUAUAGUAUGAUUUUCUAAAGAUAAGAUCACAUGUUUUUCAAUGGUGCAUGACUUAUUUUGGAAUGACACGCUUCAAUUCCAGCCUGUAGACCUUUAAUGUCAUACUAUAUCCAAGUGAACCUGCAUCGAAACAUCACAGAGGUUUUCAUCCAUUUUACUGAGAUUUUGGACCCAAUCACAUCAUGACAAGUGUCUCACAAAUGCAUUCAAGAUGUGCUUUUUUUGCCAUGACAAUCUAUUCAGCUGAUUGUCACUGUAUUUUGUUUAUUUUUUAUUUUUUUGCAUAGAAAUAAAAUGCUUAUAAUGGCACUUUAUGUAUAAGCUAGAGUGCGGGUGUAUUAACUGGGUCAAUGUUUGCUCCGAGGGUCAUUGUUGUGGGAAUUGUCACUUUUCUCUCCGCCUGUUUUGCAUGGUCACAAGUGGAGAGUAAUUCAACACAUUUACUCAAGUUUACUUCAAUACAAUUUUGAGGUAUACUUGCA